AUGGAUGAAAUGGACGCACCCCAGAUGAAGAAGGAAGUUGAGAGUCUGAAAUACCAGUUGGCCUAUAAGAGAGAGAUGUCUUCAAAGUCUAUACCAGAGUAAGUACUCACACUUCUCUUGAAAUUGCACUAUUUAAAAAGAAUGUUUGUUUUUUUACACCAUUCACCAUGCUCAAUCUUUUUUCUUUUUGGUUUUUCUUAUUAAAAAAAAAGAAAAAGAAAAAACCAAGAUAUAUUAAAAAGUUCGCAAGUGCCAUCUCAAUUCAGUUAAGUCCAGGCACAGCCAAGACACACAAUGUAAAUGAGGAUAAGAACUGUUUAGGGACAGAAAUCUGUCCCAGUAAUUGACAGGGAGUCAAGAUGGAAGUUUAGAUACAGUAGUGUGAAUUUCUACAUGUAAUUUCAAUUUUCAAACCUCAAACAAAAAUGUAUUUGGUAAAUAUAGGUAAUAAGUAAAUCAUUAAAAAUCCAGGCAAGUGAUCGAUUUACCAUUAGUCUGAACUACCAUUUACACUAUAAGGGGCUAUUCGUCAUGAUAAAAUAAGAAUUGAAAAAAGAGCCAUCUGAUUACUCCUCCACCCCCCCUAAUAUUUUAAAUACAAGAAAAAUCUCAGUUACAACUUAUUAAUAUGUAGGUUCUACAAGCAAGGCACAUAGUUAUUCAAAUUGUACAUUAUCAGGAAUUAAAAACUAAUUCCAGUUUAAAUUUCCAUCUCUACAGUUCUGUGAAUAACCCUGACAGAUUCUAGAUCAUGGAAAAAAGAAGCUGAACGUAGCUGCAAGUUUAAUUAAAAGUUGAAUUAUAUGAAACAUAAGUGGAUCAUAAUUACACGUGACCCACUCAUUUUAAGUAAUUAGGGUAAACCAAAACUACCAGAAGUGGUCAUUUCGUACUUUAGCAAGUUAACGAUUUCUAACUUAUUAUAUAUUGUUAAUAUUAAUAAGAAAUUGCUAAAUCUGUGUAUAUUUACCUACACUCAUAACGAAAAGGUCAAUGGCUUGGAUGUUUGCACAAACCAGAUUUCCCUAAUUUUGCCUGUUGUCUAUCAAACCAGGAGUCAGAGAAAGAACCUGCAGAUCGUAGGGUGAUAGAAGUGAAGCGUGCGGGUCCUAAAAUGUGCAAUUUCUUUGCCACUUCUUCACAAUUCCUUGUUUAAUGAAUACAUGCCAGAGUGUCAGAUAUACCCCCAAAAAAUUGCUGAAGUCCUAAUAAGCUUUCCCUUUGAGUAGUUCCUGCGCAGGGAUUCUGGAAUAAGGGUUAUUCUCUAAACACAAAUGACAAAGUUUAGGCAAAAAGUGUAAAUUUAGAAAAAGUGUCCAACUCAACUAUAAUCACAGCCCUCUUUAAAGGGACACAGUUUGGGUGUAUAGAUCACAUUCCUGUAGUCUCACUAGUCAACACUUUGCCAUUUAGGAGCUAAAUCACUUUUGUUUUUGGUGCCCUAGUUACACCUCCCCUUGCCUUGCUGUGACACAGCCUGCACACAAAAUAAAAAUAAAAAAAAUGGCUUAAUUGCUCAUUUCAAUGUUUUUAUCUCCUGCUCUGUAAAUUGAACUUCAAUCACACAUAGGAGGCUCCUGAAGGGUUUAGCAAGCUUUUAACAGAGUAGGAGAUAAUAAAUUCCAAAUGAAACAGAAUGAACACAGGAAGUUUAAACAUUAGAUCUCUUUAAGUGUUUAGGAAGACAGGGCGGUGUUACUAGUGCAGUGAUUUAACUCCUAAAUGGCAGAGAACUGAGCAGUGAGACUGAAGGGGGAUGACGUAUGCACCAAAACGGCUUCCUUAAGCUAAAGUUGCAUUGAUGCCUAUAGUUUUCCUUUAAAUUCCUUUUAAAAUAGUGCACCUUAAAGCUACAUUUUGCUAUCUGGCUUUCAAUCCAGUGUAUAGUAAAUAAAUAGCAACGCAAGAUUAUUCACCAAGGUAAGAAUUCAGAGUAACUUUCAUAUUUAAGGUCAAAGUAGCUGAAUUGAUAGAUUCUCUAAAUCAGCUAUGCUAUCAGUUCUACUACUGUAGCCAUACAUUUUAAAUUCUCACUCUAGUGAAUAACCAUGAUUGUUUGCAAGCUGGGUUAUGCUAAUCUGAACCUGGGUUUGAAAGUAAACUGUGGGACAGCACGAGAUUACCCCAGGCUCCCUAACCACAUCUAUUAGUUGAAGUGAUGAUAGUGCCUAAAGUGUCCCUUUAAGGUGCACUUUUAGAGAAACAAUUUAAGUUGCAGCAAAAUGUAAAGCUAAAAACCACCACCUGUUGUGCAUAUUAUUCAGAAAGUGUAUGUGUGUAUAUAUUAUGUUUUUGCAAUUGAAGAUGCAGUUCUAGUUAAUAGGGGAUCUCACAGAAUUCCCUUGACAGGAUCGGAACUUUAGAAUCCAAGUUUAGAGACUACAUUUGUGUUUUUUGUUUUUUUUGUCAUUGCAAAACAAAAUACAGCCUACCAAGUUCACCUUCAUCAAGUAGAGAAAAACCACUUCUCAGUUGGCACUUGCAGUCUCUCUGCAUAAUGUAGAGGGGAAGAGAAUGAUGUCCCUUUCCUCCUCUCAUACACUGUUGUAGCUCAAACUAAAAGAGCGGCUUUUAAAAUACAUUAGAAAGGGGAAUGGGACAGCUCCCAUUACAUACAUCUUUCAGUCAUACUUAUUGUAUUUUACUGGCACAUACUAGACAGAAGCCAUCACUCUUCAUUAUCUGAGAGGGUAGCGGAUACAUGGAAUAGCCUUCCAGCUGAAGUGGUAGAGGUUAACACAGUAAAGGAGUUUAAGCAUGCGUGGGGUAGGCAUAAGGCUAUCCUAACUAAAAGAUAAGACUAGGGACUAAUGAAAGUAUUUAGAAAAUUGGGCAGACUAGAUGGGCCGAAUGGUUCUUAUCUGCCGUCACAUUCUAUGUUUCUAUCUCACCAAUCUUUCUUCUGUUUAAGGUUGUUAAAGUGGAUUGAAGAAGGAGUACCAAACGAUCCCUUUCUUAACCCAGAACUAAUGAAGAAUAACCCCUGGGUAGAAAGAGGCAAAUGUAGCAUCCUGUAA